AUGUUUGUGGACAAAGUUUACUCAAAGCUACAGGAUGAAGACGUGCGCAUCAUCGUCGGACAGUUUGAGGCCGGUUCUGUGACGGAGGUGUUCUGCUGUGCGUACAGGCUAAACCUGUUUGGACCUCGGUACCAGUGGAUUCUAGCGGCUGGAGGAGCCUCUGGAUGGAUGCUGGGAUGGAAACCCUCGGCUUGUUCUGCAGACAGUCUGAUGAUGGCUUCAGACGGAUCCUUCAGGCUGCAGGUCCGACAGUUAGGAAACGCCAACACCCCUGGAGUCUCUGGACGGACUCCUCAGGGCUACCUGGAGUCGUACCUGGAGCAGCUGGUGCUGGACGGGUCAGGGGUCAGCCCCCUGCAUGCCUUCGCCUACGACGCCGUUUGGGUGGCUGCCAGGGCCCUGGUUCAGGUGGCGGAGGCGGUGAAACUCAGAGCGAAGUACGGUUCGCUGAGGAACGUCUCGGUUAAUGAGGAGGAGAAGGUGAAGCUGCUGCUGGAGGCGGUGAAGAACACCCACUUCGAAGGAGUCACAGGUCCGGUUUCCUUCCGGAACGGGGAGAGGAUGACGGUGAUGGAGCUGAUCCAGUUCCAGGGGGACGGAGGAGUUCUGGUGGGAGAGUUCAACACGACCACCCAGCAGCUCCGAAUCACCACCCAGCUGCUGAAGUUUAAAGGUUCUGGACCGGCCAAGGAUCAGACCACGGUCCGCCUGCAGCAGCGCCGUGUCAGCCUCCUUCUCUACGCCGUCAUCUCGUCAGCUGCUGCUGGAACCAUUUUCAUCUCCCUCAUCUUCCUCUGCAUCAUCCUCGUCGGCCACAGGCGCCGGCUGCUGAGGUCCGGAAGUCCGUCCCAGGACCAGCUGGUUCUGCUGGGCCUCAUGCUGACUUCCUCGUCGGUCCUGUGCUCCGGGCUGGACAGAACCUCGCUGCCGGACCAGACGUUGGAGAUCCUCUGCUCGGUCCGUCUGUGGACUCUGUCAGUGGGUCACACCGUGAGCUUCUCUGCGCUGUUCACCAGAACCUGGAGGGUCUACUCUCUCUGCAGGGUCCAGCAGAAGCAUCGGACCCAUCUGAAGGGAACCGGCUUCAUCCUGCGCUGGAUCCUCCUGCUGGAUGUGUUGGUUCUGACCUCCUGGCAGAUCCUGGACCCGCUCAGAUGGGCGGUUCUUCAGAGCGGCGUGGAGGUGAGAGAACCGCCUGACCCGGUCUUCAUCUCCGUCCCUCCUGACAGCCAGAAGUUCUGGCUAAUUCUUCACCCCAGGGGCGGAUUUAGGAAAUGUGGGGCCCUAGGCAAAGACAGGCAGGGGGCCCCUGUGAAUGGAGAAGACAUCACAUAG